CGGCAAGAGCUCUGCGCUCAACUUCGCGCGAAGGGCAGCCAUAUCACACGCUGCUGCCAUACACUGAUGGCAUCGAUGUGCAAAAAGAAGAUGCGAGUCGCCGUCGCCGGCGCCACGGGCAACGUUGGACAACAUGUCGUGCGCGCUUUGCUGGAUGCGGGCCACGAGGUGCGCGCGCUCACGCGCGACCACCGCAAAGGCGAGGAGGUGCUGGGCCGGCACGCGCGCCUCCGCUUGGUCGAGGGCGAGGGCGACGACGCAGGCGCGCUGUGUACGGCAUGUAUCAAAUGCGACGCGGCCUUCCUCGCGUGCGCGAACUGCGAGGAACAGGCGGAGAACGAGAUCGCGUUCGUGGAUGCCGCACGCAGCGCAGGUGUGGAGUUCCUUGUCAAGCUGGGCACGAUCCGCCAGUACACCUCGCCCACGUCGGACGUGGCGUACGCACGGCGCCAUGCGGCAAUAGAGGCGCACCUGGAGAAGACACCCCCAAAAUGCCACAUGAAGUGGGCGGUGCUGAGCCCAAACUGCUUCAUGAGCAAUCAUCUGGCCGACGUCUUCGGCGCGCUGCCGGCGACGUCGACGAUCGCGUACCCGCUCGACGCUGACGCAGGAGCGCGGCUCGUGGACCCGCGGGACGUCGGCGAGCUGGCGGCGGCGAUGCUCACGCGGCCCGAGAAUUAUGAUGCGCUCCACGGCAGGAAGCUCGACGUGAGCGGCCCCGAGGAAAUAAACAUGGGCGAGCUCGCUGCCAUGUAUUCAGAGGCCCUGGGGCGACCGAUCCGCUUCGAGCGCGUCUCCGUCGAGAAGUGGGUCGCGGCCGCCUCUCGUCACAUCCCCGCGUGGCUCGCGGAAGAUGUAGUCAAAAACUUCGAGCUCUGGAACGCCGGCGAGUUGUGUUUUGAGACGUCGCCGGAGGCGCAGCCCCUGCCCGCGCGGACGAUGCGGCAGUGGGUACAGGAGUUGGCGCCCCGGAGCCCCCCACCAGAAUAAACAA